CAGCAGCGCUGCUGUAAGAAUGAAGCGCGAGCAGCAGGUCUGAAGGACAGCAGUGACCGGUCUGUCAUUGACAGCAGGCUGCUUGGCGAAACCAAAUCACGUCGAAGAACACCGCGACAUCCGCAGAUGAAAUGCACCUGCCUUCAGCGACCCAUUUUCUCCUUCGAAACCUCAAGGUCCUUCGCCGGUAAUGUAACAGGAAGAACGGGCACUGAUGUGACACAUUGGAUCUAUCUAUUGAGUGAACGCGCUUUCACAUUUAACAGUUUGGACAAUAUUGUCGCAUAAUUAUGAGCUUUUUUUAUGUCUGCGAAGCUAUUUGAACACGAAUAUAUUGAUCAGUGAGCCUGGUUUCCAUCGGUGCCAAUAAUAUUUCCUGUCAACAUACCACCAGUUCUUUUCAGUCUGUCUUGAACAAGGAAAUUGGAUAAGGAUGGAACCAGAGCAACAUAUUCAAAGCCAGUGCAAGACUAAUGAUCUGGCAUCAUUUGGACAACCAAAAGGACCAGCAGAUACAUCCCCAUCCUCCACAUCUUCUCCUGCCCCUUCUACACCACCAGCGGCUCCAGCCAGGCCACGCCGGCCUCAGAGGAGCCCGCGGGUGGAAGGAUCUAUCGACGUAUCGGAGCCCAAGCCUCCAGAAUCUCCUAAACCGCAGCAGCUGAGCAACCAGGCUGAACCAACCAGCCCCAACAGCUCCAAUCACCCCUCAGAACCUCAGCCUAAACUCACUGUUGCGCAGGUGGUGGAGGAUUUCAGGGUGCACAUUAUCACGUGGAACGUGGGCUCAGCCAUGCCUCCUGACGACAUCACUUCAUUACUGGGGCUGAAUGUUGGUGAUGGGAACACAGACAUGUAUAUUAUAGGCUUACAGGAAGUGAACUCAAUGAUCAACAAACGACUGAAAGAUGUUCUUUUCACUGACCAGUGGAGCGAGGUCUGCAUGGACGCUCUCAGCCCCUUUGGAUAUGUACUGGUCACUUCUCAGAGGAUGCAGGGAAUGCUGCUGCUGGUCUUUGCCAAGUACUUUCACCUGCCGUUCCUGAGAGGCAUUCAAACACAGACCACGCGCACUGGCCUCGGCGGGAUCUGGGGGAAUAAAGGAGGUGUCAGCGCUCGCAUGAAUGUGUUUGGUCAUUCGAUCUGUUUCUUGAACUGUCAUCUGCCUGCACACAUGGAGAACUCAGACCAGCGCAUGGAGGACUUUGAAAGCAUCCUGCAGCAGCAGCAGUUUGAAGGACAAGCAGCUACAGGCGUCAUGGAUCAUGAUGUGGUUUUCUGGUUUGGAGACCUGAAUUUUCGAAUCGAGGACCUGGAUAUGCAAGUUGUGAAAUCAGCCAUUGACAAUAACAAACUGUCCCCAUUAUGGGAAAAAGACCAGCUGAACAUGGCUAAAGGCAGUGAGACUGUGCUUGAAGGCUUCCACGAGGGGCCGCUUAAAUUCCCUCCUACGUAUAAGUUUGAUGUGGGUACAGACACGUAUGAUACCAGUGGUAAAAAGCGUAAGCCAGCAUGGACUGAUCGUAUUCUUUGGAGGUCGAGGCCGAUGGCUCAGGUCAGCAACAGCAUGUCGAAGCGCAGCUCCUUGUCAGGUCUAACCAGCGGAACUUGUGUGUCUCAGCAUUUUUACCGCAGUCACAUGGAGUACACCAUCAGUGACCACAAGCCCGUCUCCUCUAUUUUCACUCUGCAGUUCCCAUAUAGGGUGGACAUGCCUUUAGUAACACUCUUUGUAGAGGAUGAAUGGACAGAGAUAUCCGAUGCAGUGGCCAAAUACAAGGUGGCACCCAACUUUGCUCGAAGCUCUUGGGACUGGAUUGGGCUUUACAAGGUUGGGUUUAAACAUCAUAAAGACUAUGUGGGUUAUGUUUGGGCCAAGCAGGAAGAGUCUGAUUUCUUGAGACAGGAGCACCAAGUGAUUUUUACUGAGGAAGAAUUGCCAAAGGAUUCUGGGGACUUCAUACUAGGUUAUUAUAGCAACAAUAUGAGCUCCAUUGUGGGCGUCACUGAGCCAUUCCAGAUUCAACUGCCAGCAUCCGCCGCAGCUGGUCUGAGUCCAUCUGACAGCUCUGACUUCACAUCUGAUGAUGAGGUGAAGAAGAGCGACUCCUGUGACUCCAGCCCUGAGACUGAAGAGAAGCAGAGCAGCAGCUGGAGCUCCAGACGAGCCAAAGGGAAGACGGCAAACCCCAAUGAACCGCACUCCAAAGACACCUCUGCACAUUCCAGCUCCAGCAGGCCGGCCGGUGGGACCGCCGGGUCCUUCGGUGACCCCGUCGCUAUGGAUGACAGCUCUAACGCAGGAAAAGAUGCAACCAAGCCAGAGGAACCUUAGCUAAGCACAGCACCUUCUCUGGAGAAAGAUAUCAGCUCGAGGCUGGGAUCGCAGGUUUCAGCUGGGUCUGUGAUGUCGUUGUACAUUUACUGUCCUGUGAUGUUGUUUAGAGAUGUUGUCUUAUAUGUUGCAGGGCAGAAGUAAGCGUUUAGUAUGUGGCUCCCUCCAGCAAACACAAGAGGGCAGACUAAAUUGUUUGUGCCUGUUCUGUGUAGUCAUUCUAUUCAUAUUAUUCUUCUCCUAUUCCUUUCUAACUGCACAAGACUAAAUCUGAAACUCUCAGAAAUAAUCUUCGAUAUACAUGCACAAUAAUAUGUGAUUCAUGGAUUUGGUUUUCCAGGAUCAACCAGGGUUUAAUGCACAACAGAACACAAUUCUGGUUCUUAUUGGAUUUACUGGAGCAGAUCCUCUUAAGCUUUUCCAGUGCUCUGUUCCAAACUCUAGUUGAGCUGCCUAUCUAGGCAUCAUUAGCUAUGUUUCCACCCAAAGUUGUGAAUUUAAUUUAUGCACAAAAUUGAAAUAGCGCACAAACCUUUUAUGAAUAAAGCACCAUUUUUAUCCAGCAAGACGAAGAGAACAAAAUCGUAACUUCCUGAAAACUGGUGCCACAUAUCUCUAAGAAAAGGUCAUUUGCUGCAGUAGGAGGAGCCACUGUGGGUCUUUUUCGUAAAAUAAAUUACGCAGACAAAAUGCAAUAAACACAGUCAUGUCAUCCUGCAUUCGGAGGCGGAUGCAUGCUGUUUGGAAAUGCAGACAGUUCUGUAAGGUUGUCAUACCGAACCACUUUGGCGACAGAAUUUGGCUCAAGCUUUUAAAAAUGACUAAAACAACAUUUCAGAUGCUGUGCAACAAGAUCGGUCCACUGGUUAGUCCAGUUAUGCCGUCUCAUUGCGCAAAGUCACAUGACUUUUAGAUGCACAUCAAGGAAUUUAUUCAUAGUUUAUGCGCAUGUUUUCUUAUCAGAUAAAAAAUGUAUCUGCCUCAAUUGAUUGCAUACAUUUUUAGAAUUUUGGUGCAUCUUGCCAUUUCCAUCAUGUGUUUUUUUAUGCAAUACCCCAAAAAGUGCAUACAAAUAGGUGGAUGGAAACAUAGCUACUGACACGCACCAGACUCCCAG